GCCUCCGAAGCGGGCCCUCAGCACAGCCAAAACGGCCGUGUCCAAAAUGGCUGCACGUUGCUCCUCUCCAAGCCGAUGCAGCCGCAGCCGCAGCCGCUUCUUGGAGGGAUGCAGCAGCCAUUCUUUGAGCUCGGGCAAAGGAACGUAGGAGGUCACCCCCUACUUUUCUCUCCAAGCCCUGCUGGUGCCCUGCGGGGGGGGCAUUGCAAGCCCUGGACCCUCUGAGAGGCUGCCAAGCCAACGGGCGGAGAACGGAAGCGGGGAAGGCAAGAGAGCGGGCUGCUUCCUUUCCUGCAGCCGCGAGAGGUGCUGGGUUGCCGCUCCGCCUGGGAGCAAAAAAUCGUCAGGAUUGGAGCAGAUCGAGUAUGCAGGCUGCGCUUUAACACGGUUGUUAAAGGUGCAGGGAUCCUCUCUCCCCCUUCGCAUUUGGCCUCCCUAGUUAUUUUACUUGGGGUCUCCAAAAAGAAUUGCAGUGGGGGCAUGCCGAUCAAGAGGAUUUUAACAAGGCGGUGGGGGUUGCCGGAGCCUCCCUUUGCUUCUGCCACCCUCAUGGUGCUUCUGUGCCUAUUCUGGUUGAUGGGCGUAGGGGAAAGCUUAGCUUUAACUCCCACCCUCCUGCUCACCAGCCCCUUUCAAGCCUAUCGCCUCCUGACCUACUGCCUGUACCCCACAGAAGCCCCCCUCUUCUUCUUCAGCCUGCUCCUCUUCCCACUGCUGGGCUGGCGUCAGGAGCUGCACUGGGGCACGCUGCGUUACCUCCAUGCUUUGGCGCUUGGCGCCAUCAUCUCAGCCCUGCUGUACCUCCUCCUAACUGGGCUGGCGGGAGCUCAGCCCGGCUCUGCUGUCGGCGGCUACACACCUGUGCACCUGGCCUUGCUGGGAUGGCACCAAAGACACCAGAGGCAGGUGGGUUCCUGGAGGUGCACUUUUCUGGCUCUGCAGGCCGGGCUACUGCUUGGGGUGACCCAGAUGCUGUCCCCCAAUUCUCCAUUCCUCCUGCAUCUGAGUGGGCUGCUGACUGGCUUGGCCUUCUGGGCUGGGACCUUCUCCCCGUUGGAACUGUCAGAGAGACGCCUGGAAAGGCUGCACGAGGGGGUCAUCUGCAGAAUCCUAAGGGUGAGAGGCCCUUUCCUCCACUUUGUCCGAUCCCCAGCCUCUGAGAUCCUGCCAACCUCUGACCCAGCAGCCAGAAGGGAAAGGAUUCCUCUUUCUCCAGAGUUCCAUGCCCAGACGCUCUUUCCGAGGGAUUUUCCCACUGAGCCGCUCCCUUCAGCUUCGCCACCUGCCUUUUACUGGAGUGAAAAAAGGGUAGGGCUGGGACAAGAAUGUAGGCUCUUACUUGCAUCCAGUCCCCUGCCCCCCUUCUCUGCUCAUGGUGGGGCUUCAGACGUUCCUUUCUCGACUCUCCGGGAACCCCUGACAGAUGAAGAGCUGCUGCAAGCUGGUAUCCAAGCUUCUCUGCAGGACAUGACAGAGGAAGAGGUGAAACUUUCCAAAUCUUCAGUUUCUUCUCUCCGGCUUCAGCAGCUCCAGAAAAUGGGCUUCCCGACUGAGCAAGCAGUGGUGGCCCUGGCAGCCUCAGGCCACGUAGAGGGCGCAGUUUCCCUGCUGAUCGGAGGCCACGUGGGAGACAAAGCCAUGGUGACAGCGGACAGCCGAUCAGCCCAUCGCUAAUGGUGUCCCUCAGGCACUGGUCAGCGAGUGAAACAAGAGUUGCAAGCCAGCCCCCGGAUUUCUGACAGUGCUAAAGUGUCUGGGUGGAAAACUGGCCACGCACUGUGGAAUGCGCAGUGGUUCGUCAUGGAUUUGACCGGUGAAGAGCAAAACUGGAAGACAGACAAGGCAGAUAGUCGAACCUGGCACUUCAGUUUACUAUGGGAAGUUUGCCAUAAGGCACACCUGGGCUGGCUCAACAUAAGGGAAAGGAGGCAUCUGCUGUGGGCUGUCAAUGUCCGGUCAAUUGGGAAAUCCCUCGCCUUCUUCCACCACACCCUAGAGAACCGUGGAAAAAAACAGAAUCAGAGGUGUGGUGGCAAUUGUGGGGCUGCCCCCCCCACUCCAUAGUUUUUUCUGACUGCAGUUCUUUCCCCAUCAAGGGUGUUUGUCCGUACAUACCAUCUCACUUGUUCAAUAAAUGUGCGAGGAGGUUGUGGAAACACUUGUGUGGACCUCAGCUGCAACCCACGUCCAAGCCCUCUGCAGCCACACAUCAGGCGUGGGAAAGGGGCACCUCUGGAAUGGCAAGCUCCAUCCUUCGCCCACCGGGGGAGCAUAACGCGGUCCUCAUUCCAGGAUUCAGAGGCUUGGCACAAAGCGUUAAUAGCUCAUGAGCUGG